CCCAAAUCCUGAGUUCCCCUCAAAUCCCGAUUUCUUUCGUCCCCAUUUUUGCCUACCAGUAAGACACGCCCCUGUUUCCACCCCGCGAUUUAGGAGCUGAAAAUUCCAUAUCGUUGCAUUGUUCGCCCGUUUCUUGGUUCUCCUUUCGCGGAAUCCAGUCCCCCCAUUCCAGACUUGAAGCGAAACAAAGUGAGUGCCUCCCCGUCGACCACGUUGAGAGAUUGUUUUGGGAAGACCAAUAUCGGCGGCGAUUAUCGUCCAUCGACACGGUGGGGACUUCCUUUCAUGCGUCGAAGGUGGGGGGAAAAAAGACAGCGUUGCACGUGUGAGGGCAAGAAAUGAGGAGCAUCAACAUUCAAGGUGAUGCGAUGGGAGAGUUUUCGAGGAAGAGGGGCUGCACGAGGUAUUCGUGCUCGACGAUUUGUACCAUACACAUGUAGAGCCCGCCGACCACGUGGAGCUCGCAUCGCUUCAUACCAUUCCACUGGCUCAGAUGCAGAUCCGUCAGGCUCGGAUGACUCAACGCAGCCUCCCAGUCAUCCAUGGGAGCCACCAUGUCCACCUCCAAUGCCCCCACCCGGGCCGAAUAGAGAAUCGUCACCCGUAAUAGAACCCCUACCUAAUGGAGACAAUAUCGAUGUGACAGCCCCCACAAUGCCUGCCGCAAAUCAAGAACAGCCCAAACGUAGACGUGGGCCUGCUAAGUGUAUUGAGUUCGAGAAAGCGAGAAAGUACGGCAAAGUGCUUUUGAAGAUUAAUGACGGUGAAAUAGCCCCGUGCUGCGAGAACGCAUCCAUGUUCACCAUACGGGUAACACAAAUAGUAAAACAACAUUGCGACAUGAGUUAUGCGAGGUGGACUGAUGUGCCUGAUGCAGAAAAGAACGAGUUGAUCGAACGUGUGAGGGGUGACUUUGUGUUGGAUUGGGAUCAAGAGAAUCAUAGAUUGGCCGUCUUAAAGCAGUUGCGUAAGCGGUUCAAUGCAUUCCAUCACGAAUUACACAAAAAAUAUUUAUCGUACAGAAGUCACCCAGAAGCAUUGGCUUCUGGGUGUACCAUGGUCAACGACAACGUCUGGGUUAAGUUGUGUGAGAGGUGGGGAACCGACAAAUUCAAGAAAAUUUCAGCACAAAAUCAGGAGAAUAGAAAGAGGCAAACCGUUAACCACACAACUGGCCGAAAAUCCUUUGUUAGGAUGUUGGAGAAGAAGCGGGCUACGAAUGCGAAUUUGGUGGAGUUCUAUAAGGAGACCCGCUGGUCAAAGAAGAAUGGUAGAUUUGUUACCCCAGCCGCUGAAGACACUUAUAAGGAGAUGGUUGGCAAGAUGGAUGGUCUGGAGCCUGAACAACGCACCGAUGAGGCAGCUGCGAGUGUAUUUAGGGAGGUACUUGGUCAGAGACCAGGAUAUGCAAGGGGGUUAGGCGAGAUGGUCAUCCCAGAGUCGACAAGACAACGGGACCGUGAACGAGAAAGAGAGUACCUUGCCUUAAUCGAAAAACACAAGAAAGAUGCCGACAAUGACAAGAAAGAUGCCGACAAUUACAAGACGCAGCUUGAAGAAGUGAGAGAUGAAUUGCGAGAACUUCGUGAGCGGCAAAAUGAAACUGAUAAGAUGAUGAGGAUGUUCCUCAUCAAUUUCCAUCCUUCUCCUGGGUCUCUCCAUUCUUCUGGAGAGACCCAGUGAACCUCGAUUAUGAAAUGAGGGAAGGGGUUUUUUAAUUUUUGGUAGUGAGAGAUCGUGGGUGGCCAAUAUAUAAAUAUAUAUAUAUAUAUAUAUAUAUUUAUCCCAAGGUUGUCUACUUUUGUGUUGUGGGAGAGGUGUGGGCAGUCGGUGGGAGUUUUUUGGACUUAUAUAUGGCAUGGAAAGUUUGGUGAUAGCCAACAUCAUAAGUUCCAAUUAUCUAGACGGUUGUUGGGUAAGGAUCUGAAUGGUAUGGGCUUAAAUGAAUUUUCAACACCUUGAACGGCAACCAUUCUCAGGGUUAUUGUUAGUGCAGCUCAAUGAAGAAUCUGACAGGCUUUAACAAACCGUUCAUUCAAGUCAAGAAAGGGAAAUUUUGAUGGAGCAGCUGGAUUGCAAAUCUAGAAUGCAAUUAGGAAGUGUUCAACUUCAUCCACCACUAUCACCUCAAAGGUUUGGUUCAAAAUCAGCAAAAUUGGAGUUGGAGAUAUCAAAAUGGGAACUAUCCAGAAAUUUUGAGAUUUUAAGGGCAUUGUUGCAGUCGUGUUGAAGCUUGUUCUACCCACACCUCAUGCCCAGGUGCAUAUUGAAAUAGCUGAGUAAGAAAAAUUUCAGGUGCAGGACAAUUGCCAAAUAUUGAAUGAAUGUUAACAUUUUCAGAUAAUAUUAUUUAGAAGAUAUUUAGUAGUUGAGUUGUAGGUUUUGGAUUCCAAUUGGUACACCCUAGUGUAGCCCAUAAUUACAUUAAUGUGCAUUCUAUGUAACUGACUUGGAAUGAAUGAA